GCCGGGACUACAUCUCCCGGCGUGCCCCGCGGCCCCCCCCCCGCGGCGGGCCAUGGAGGCGCCGCCGGCCCGGCGGUUCCGCGCGCGCUGCGGGGGCCCGGCCGCGCCGCCAUGGAAGGAGACUUACCGCCGUCGCUGCAUGGAGAGGCUGAGGAACAGCCGGGCGAAGCUGCUGGAGCGGUACCGCCAGGCCGGGCAGGGAGCGUGCGGCCCGGCCCCGGGUGCGCUGCUGGUGCGGGAGGUGAUGGAGCAGGAGUGGCAGGAGCUGCAGGAACAGGAGCUGCGGGAGGCGAUGGAGCAGGAGCAGCAGGAGCACAGCCGGCCGGCUCUCGGGGGGAAGGAGGCCCUGGCCCAGAUGCUAGAGGACCCCGAUGAGCUAGCAGUAUUGGAAGAGAUCCAGCGAGAACUGAUCUUGCAAGAACAGUCGGUAUUAGAAGAGUACAUGCAGAGCCUGCAGUUUGAUGAAGAAUGUCUCAACGCGAUGCUCGAUGGCUUGGAUGCCAGCGACAAGGUCAUCUGCCCAGUGUGUAGAAAGAAUAACCUGACUGUAAGGAAUCACUUGGUUUUUUGCCAGUGUGGAUUGUACAUCAGCACGCAGGGUAUGACAGAAGAGAAGCUUCGGUCACUUCUAGAAAACACACUAACAGAGCACAGUCACAGGUGCUUUCACAACCCAGAGUUCACUGUUACCAGUGGCAUGGAGGAGGAAGCCAGUCUUCUCAUGAGCUGUCCGGUCUGUGACUCCUGGACGAUUCUCCUGUAAACUGAUGCAACUGCUGCUUUUUUACUGGAGGGACUUCAAGACUAAAAAUCCAUCCAGAGCUGCUAGUAUUUUUAUGUAUAUGCUUGGAACUGCUGUGUCAAAAAGAUACUUGAAAAGGCAGUAGGACUGCCUUGACUUGCACUUUUAAUGGCACAAUAUAUAUUUUGAAAUAAAUAAACCAAGUAUAUAUA